AACAUACAUUACACUUCGAGAGUUGCCGUAAAUUGUGAAAACACACAACAGUCGUCAAAAUUGUGCAGAUCAUAGCUCGCGUUUAUAGUGCGAUACACAUAAUACUAUAUACUAUGCGUGGACAACUGUUGCUGAAGGGACCCGCCUUGGCGAGGAGCUUGAGCCGGUGCCGCGUAAACGCCGUGCCCCAAAUUGGAUCUGUUCGCCAUGUGACCGCCGGCUGUGGAGCUGGCGAUGCCGUCAAGGGCGGCAAAGGAAUCGUUUUGGGCCUUUACGAAAAGGAGUCGGGCAAGGGACCUCGACUAACGCCUGCUGGCGAAAAGUUUGACGAUCGUGUACAGGGCAAGCUAUCGGAGUUGGUUUGCGAAACCAAGUUGACUGGACGAUUGGGUCGCGGCAAGGUCUUCAACAAUGUGGACAGCGAGUUUCGAUCCAUUUGCGUGGUGGGCGUUGGUCUCGAAGGCAUAGCCUUCAAUGAACUGGAAAUGCUGGACGAGGGCAUGGAGAAUGUGCGCAUAGCAGCCGGAAUCGGUGCCCGUUCAUUACAAAGCAUUGGCUGCUCGGAAGUGCAUGUGGAUAAUAUGGACUAUGCCGAACAGGCAGCCGAAGGUGCCGCACUGGCCAUUUGGCGAUAUGAGGAGAACCUGGCGAAGAAGUAUCGCAGCACCAUACCGAAACUGGAGCUGCAUGGUUCACCGGAUGUCGAGUCCUGGACAAGGGGCCUCUUCAAGGCGGAGGCACAGAAUUUGGCCAGAAGACUGUGUGAUGCCCCAGCCAAUUGCAUGACACCGACAAUUGUGGCGCAGGCAGCCGUGGAUUCACUGUGCCCAUGCGGCAUCACCGUGGAGGUUCGCACCAUGGAGUGGAUUGAGCAGCAACAUCUGAACUCCUUCCUGAUGAUUGCCAAAGGCAGUUGCGAGCCACCCGUUCUCCUCGAGGUGGCGUAUUGCGGCACCGCACCGGAAGAUAAGCCCAUUCUGCUGGUGGGUCAAGGCAUUACCUUCAAUUCCGGUGGCAUCAACCUGCGUCCUUGCAAGGGCAUGGAUGAGUUCCGCGGAGAUCUCACUGGAGCGGCAAGCAUCUUGGCCGCCAUGCGCGCAGCAGCAGCGCUAUCCUUGCCCAUCAAUAUAACUGCUGUGAUACCGCUGUGCGAGAAUCUGCCCUCUGGAAUGUCCUGCAAGCCUGGCGAUGUGGUGACCUUACUCAAUUCCAAAUCUCUGGCGGUGCGUAACAUAAGUCGAACAGGAGUGGUGGUCAUCUCGGAUCCCAUGCUCUAUGGUCAGAUAACAUACAAGCCCAGACUCGUCGUGGAUGUGGGCUCGAUGUGCAAGGGCGUGAAGAAGGCAGUUGGGGGCGGAGCCACAGGAAUCUGGUCGAAUUCCCACUACAUAUGGAAACAGUUCCAGCGUGCGGGUUCCUUGACUGGUGAUCGCUUGUGGCGAUUCCCCUUAUGGCGCUACUACAAGGAUCGUGUGGCAGAACACCUCAGCUUCGACCUCCUGAACGAUGGCGAGGGAUAUGCCUCGUCUUGUCUGGCAGCUGCUGUUCUCCACGAACUCGUGCCCUGCAGCGAUUGGGCCCAUCUGGAUACCUACGGCACUGGACUACUGAGCACCUAUGGAUUGAUACCCUACUUGACAGCUGGCAGGAUGACUGGCAGGCCGACCAGGACAUUGGUGCAGUUCCUCUACCAAAUCGCCUGCCCCGAACAGCCCAAAUAAUUGAUGUUCAAUGUCUGCGGAUGACUUCGAUUACGUUUUGAUUGGUUCUUUGACUGGCGACUCCUAAAAGCUCUCGAGAAAUGGAUGUUCGGCUCCAACUGUGUAUAUUUAUGAUAUGGGAUGGCGAUGUUCACCCAACGUUUUAAUCUGUUGACCAAAGUCCCAGGACAAGGGACCAGAGCUCGUUCAAUGUUUGUAUUUUAUGUUUAUGACUCGGCCGCAUCCCGGGGCUGAGUUGGCUGGCAGAGAUUGUCUAGCGUCCAAAAAAAUUCUAAUUCACACAGAAAAAUCAUUGUAACAAUCAAUUAUAAACGUUCGGCAGACAAUCAAAUGUAAUAAAUUGUAGGGUCAUCUAAAAAGAA